AUUGUUGUGAAGUUUUGAUCUUUAACUCUACUGGUGGCGCUCUCAGUAGACAGGGAUUUCGAAUGGGCAGCUACAAAAAGACAUACAACCCAAUUACCUGCCAAUUCCACUACGAGCAAAUUCUAGCCAACGGCGAAUUUCUUUAUUUUUUGCCAGUUUUUUCUGUAUGGUUGAUCGGCCCUGAGCUCGAUGUAGAAUUUGGAGGUAUCGCAGGGCGUGCAGCGAAUGUAUGCCCAGAAGAUUUGGAGGCUUGGCAAUAUGCCGGUAACGGGUGGGAGUCUGACUCAACUUUGAAAGCCGAUUGCAUGGAAUAAUGAAACUGCAUAAGUCUACUUAUCCCAUUCAAAAUCGGAAAGCAAAAAUGUUCAUGUUAUGACUUAAAUGAACAUUAGAUGAAAACGACCAAGAUAUAAAUUCUGCAGUUUUUUUUGUGCAAUGAUGAAAGCAGUUUUAGUUGCAAUAAAUGUGCGUGUUUUAGUUGAA